AUGUCGGACGAGGAACCAAAAGAAGAUGAUCAAGACAUUGGAGACAAUCCUGAUAAGGAAAAUCCAGAUAAACAACAAGACGACCAAGGUGACCAGGAUAAUUUUGAAGACGUAGAUGAUUACUAGGAUGAGGACGAUCCCAGGGAUGAUGAAGAUUUAAAGAAUAAUGAGACAUCAAAUAAUUUAAAACUUACUAUUGACGACUUAGACUUGGAUGAGAAUCAGAAAUUACGAAAAUGGAAGGACCUGCUGACUGAUCAUGUUCUAUAGGUCUAAAAAUUAAGAGGAAGAAAUAAUAGGUUAAGAGGCGAGCUCAAAAAACUAGGAGACAAAGCAGAGAAAUUGGUCUAAUCUAAUGUCAGAAAAUAAAAACUAUUGGAAUAGAAAUUGGAUCCCAAACACUAUAAUCUUGCUGAGAAGAAGAUUUUAUAUGAAAUCAAGAAUGGCAAAUCCAAAUAGGACUUUGCUAAUAAGAUUGAUCCCAGAAUUUUGGAUUUGCUGAUAGCCAUCGACAAAAUGGAACAAUCCAAUAAUCAGAUGAGAGAAUCAAUCAAGGCAUUGAAGGAUAGAAAUAAAAAUCUAGAAUAAACAGAAGAUGUUAAUAAACUAAGUAAUGAAAUUGUACUUGUUGAAAAAUAAAUUGCAGAUGAAGAUAGAUUGAGGAGGAAGAUGUAAGUAAUAAUGAAAGAAUAAGAAUCAGAACUUAAAUAACAAUAAUUUGAUUGUGAUUAUGAGGGUAGAUUAAAUAGUCUCAAAGAAUAAAUUAAAACAUUAAGAGACAGUAUCAAGGAGGGUUAAAAGGAAGAGUUGCAUGAAACUAGAAAGGAAUUCGAAUUAAACAACCACUUUGCUGAACUUUAAAAAAUAUAUCGUCAAAUGUGCAACUAAUUAAAUAAGCCUUGCGAAGAGAAGCAGCAUUUUAAGUAAGACAAAUAGAGGGAUCAAGAUAAUAUGAAUGAAAAAUUGAAAAAAGUAUAAGAAUUUGCACAGAAAAGUCAAGAGGAGAAUUAGAAAAGAUUCCUAUAAAUCAAGGAAAAUAAAAAAGAACCAGAAGAAAAAGAUGAACUUAAGAAGGCUUUGGAAGAAUUUAAAAAAGAUGAAAACAAAUUUAAAUAAAUUUAAGAGGAGGUCAAGUAAUUGCAAGAAGAUCUUGAAAAAAAGGAACGAGAAGCGUAGAAAGAGAAGAACAGAUAAGUUGAAGAGUAUGCUAAAUUAAGUGAGGAUGUUGGAUAGUUAGCCAAAUAAUUAAAAGAAAAAGAAAUCUAAACCAAAUCAUAAGUUCUAAUAUUAAAUGAUCUCCAAAGAUAAGCACAAUUAUUGGAGAAAAAAUAAAUCGCUGAGCCAAUAUAAAGUACACAACAAAAGUCAGAAUCCCUCAUGCGUGGAAUUACUGAAUAAACAUAGACUUGCUUACCUUUUGAUGAUUCCAAGAACUUAGAUUGGACAUCAUAUAUGCCUGUCAAUUAGAUAGUUGUGUGCAAGAACAGUAUCAAUAAUCUAAUUGUUGGUUUGGAACUGACUUAUGGAUCUGCAGAAAACGAAGAGGAGUAAAAGACUACAAAGAAUAUUGGAUUAUAAGAGGGAAACAUUGAAAAAGUGGAGAUCAAAAUUACUCCUGAAGAAAAAUUAAGCUACAUUUCUGGGUUCCAUAAUAAAGAGCAAAUUAUCUUUUUGAAGUUUGAAACAACUAAGAAAAGAGUCAUUCAGGUUGGAAACAUGAAAUAUAAAGAUAACUUCACUAAGGAUUUCAGAAUUGAAAUUAAAGAUAAGGAAAUUCAAGGAUUUAGUGGAAUAUUGGACUUCACUAAUGAAUCAUCGAAUCCAUCUGAAAGAUACUUAGUUGCACUUGGAGUUAAUCUCAAAUAGAAAGAGGAUAUCUCAGCUAAAAAGAAAUAGAAGAAAUAGUAAAUGGAAGAAGAAAAAGAAAAAUAGAGAGUUCCGAUUGAUUAUAGAAAAAUAACCUAUCCCUUUAGAAAGAAUCAACCUAAACAUCUUGAACUAGUCAAAUCUUAACCCAAGUUAGAGGUUUCUAUUUAUGAAGAAGAGAAAUCUAAAUUAUUCUAAAAGGAGAAGGAAAGAUUCUUAUAGGCACAAAGAGCAUAAUUGGGUUUUUUAUCAGCAAAACAAUUCAGUCCUGCUACUUAUAAAUAAUAGGAGUAUUUAACUGAAGAUAAGCUGAGAAAAGAGAAGAACAAGGAGAGAAAAAAUUGGGUUGAGCAAAAGAGAGAGGAAAAUAAAAAUUCAUUAACCCUGCCUCUGAUUGAUCUGAAAUCACCAGUAGAACAGGAUAAAAAAGGAGCCAAAGGAUAAAAAACAGCUAGUCCGUAGAAGCAAUAGAAAUAACCUUAGAAGGAGGCUCCAAAAAAAGAUGAUUCUAAAGCUAAAAAAAAAUGA